AUGAGCUUCGGUUUCGGAGUAGGCGACUUUAUCGCCGUGCUGGAUAAAGCGAAGCUCUAUCGCGAGCGCUUUGCCGAUGCUCCGGAUCACUUUGACUCUCUUGGUCGCGAGAUUGCAUCCCUUACGUCGAUACUUGAAUACAUUGGCCGCGUCGAAGACCAGCUCACCGAAAGCGAAAAGGAGGCCUUGGCCCCUUCUAUCAAAGAGUCCACAAAGCUUCUGGGCGAGCUGGAGAAGAUUUUCAAUGACAACACGAGCUUGGAGAAACAUGAGGGCACUAGCAAGCUGGCCAACCUGAAACCUCGGGCUGUCUGGAGACGCCUAAGGAUAAAGCCCGAAGACAUUCAGAAGCUACGGCAGCGGAUUACCAUGAAUGUUCAUUUCCUCAGCGCGAUCAAGGGAUUUAGGGACAGGUACGUCAAUGUCGUCAGUAACACUUGA